UUCUCAUUUUUAAAACCUAAAGAUUCCAAAUGGAAAGAUCAAUAAAAAACAGAUACAAUAGAAGACAAAUUUGUCCCUUAUAAAUUAACUUUGUUGGAGUUCAAUAAUUCUUCAGAAAACCAAAAAACACUUUAUCCUAAAAACUUCAGAUUCAAUAUUGAAUAAACUCUAAUAGAGUAAAUAUGCAGUGCAUGAUUGAGGAAACAAAUGUUGUUCGUCCUCUUGCAAAUUAUCAUCCAGACCUUUGGGGCGAUCGCUUCUUCAACUACACUCCUCCGGAUACGGUUACCCAAGGCCAAAUGGAGCAAGAGGCUGUAAAGCUUAAAGAGCUAGUGCGCCAAGAACUAUUGGUCAUUGACAAGGACCCAAAAGAAAGGCUUGUAUUUCUAGAUGACAUAAUUCGACUUGGAGUAGCAUAUCACUUUGAAGAUGAAAUUGAAGACAUCUUUCAAAAAUUCUAUAAGAAGUUGUAUGUUGAUAGUAGCUAUGAGGAUGAUCUUUACUAUGUUUCACUACGCUUUCGUCUUCUUCGACUACAUGGCUUCUAUGUUUCAUGUGAUGUAUUUGAAAACUUCAAAUGUGAGGAUAAAAGCUUUAAGGAUUGUCUAGCAAGUGAUGUGCAAGGCUUAUUGAGCUUGUAUGAAGCAUCAUAUCUAGGAGUACAUGGAGAGAAAACACUCGAUGAAGCUCGCGCAUUUGCUACUACUCAUCUAACCUCCUUUGCUACACAAUUAAGCUCUCCCAUGGCCGAACAAGUAGCCCAUGCCUUGAAAUUACCCCUCCAUCGACGUACUAUGAGACUAGAAUCAUGGCAUCAAAUCUCAUUUUAUGAGUCAAAGUCUUGCAACAAUGAAACUUUGCUUAAAUUUGCAAAGUUAGAUUUCAAUUUGCUUCAAAUAUUGCACAAUAAGGAACUUAGAGAUCUUACCAGGUGGUGGAGAAGCCUGGAUUUGGAAAAAAAAUUACCUUUUGCACGACAUCGGUUGGUAGAGGUUUACUUCUGGAUUUUGGGCGUGUACUACGAACCUAAGUACUCAUAUGCGAGGAUGUUGUUAACCAAAUUGUUCAAGAUUAUAUCUAUUGUAGAUGACAUCUACGACGCUUAUGGAACUGUCGAAGAGUUAGAACCCUUCACAGAAGCAAUUCGAAGGUGGGACAAAAGUUGCAUCGACCAAUUUCCGAGCUACUUGAGAGUAAUGUAUCAAGUUAUCUUAGAUACGUUUGAAGAAAUUGAGCAAAAUUUAGCUUUGGAGCAACGAUCAUUUGGUGUUUAUCAUCUCCAAAAACAAAUGGGCGUUACAUGUCAAGCUUACUUGCAUGAAGCUAUGUGGCGCCGUCAAAAUGUUGUUCCUACAUUCGACGAAUACAUGAAAAAUUCCAUUGGAAGCGCCGGCUAUUUGUACGUAAUUGUUGCCGCUUUUCUAGGCAUGGGGGAGUUAGCAACUAAGGAUGCCUUUGAAUGGGUCGACCAAACAACAAAGGCACAAAAAGCUUCAUGCAUACUCGCCAGGCUUUUGAAUGACAUUGCUAGCCAUGAGUUCGAGAAAAAAAGAAACCAUGUUUCGUCUGCAAUAGAUUGCUACAUGGAUCAAUUUGGAACCUCCAUCGAAGAAGCUACGAGGGGGCUCCAAGUAUACAUAGAGGAAGCAUGGAAGGACAUUAACGAUGAAAUACUUGGGCCAAAAAUCGUGCCCAAGCCUUUGCUUUUGCGACUCACCAACUUAUCAAGGACAUUAUAUGACGUUUAUCAUAAUGAUGAAGAUGGCUAUACUACUAGCACGUUUACGCAAGAAAAAAUUGCCACAAUUCUUAUUCAUCCUAUUGCAUUAUCAUAAAUUAUAAAUUUUAUGUGUCUCUUUUACCUUAAAUUUUACUUUUGUGUUGAGAAAUUUACCUUUGGUUAUAAAUAUAUGAUUUAUGUUGAUAAGAACAUAAAUGCAUGUAUAAUAUUAAUAAUUAAUAUUUACCUUUGUGUUGUAUUUAUAAUAUCCACCAUCAGUUUUUGCAA